AUGGCUUCUUCAACCGAGAAAAUGCUCAUCUUACCGGGCUCUCAAGCUUUGUCGAACUUCAGGGUCUCGAACUUGAUUUCCGACAUCAACAGCUCCGUGAACUCCUCCAUAGUCACCGACGUGAAGUCGUGCCACGUGCACUAUGUCCACACACAAGGCGGGUUGGACGAGCAGACAAUUGAAAAGCUCAAGGUUCUUUUGAAGUACGAUAACGAGCUCGAUUUAUCGGACGAGAAGAACAAGUUGCUCAACGAGCUUGUUCAGAUAGACGGCGACCACUCCGACUCGGCAGCCAAGGUUGAACAGCUGCUAGACUCUGAUACCUACUUGAUCAGAAUCUUGCCAAGAUCGGGAACCAUCUCUCCGUGGUCUUCCAAGGCUACCAACAUCACGGAGGUCUGUGGCUUGGGCGACAAAGUCGAGCGGGUUGAAAGAGGCAUGGCAAUUCUACUCAAGGUGAGACCAGGCUUCCCGAUCAUUGAGUUGUUCAAAAAGGACCAGUUUGCGUGCUUUGCUUCUGUCUAUGACAGAAUGACGCAGGCACUCUACAUCAACGAAUCAGUUCCAAAAUACAAUGAUCUCUUUGAAGACAACAAGCCUAAGCCUUUGGUUCACGUCGACAUUAUCGAUUCCAAGGACAACCUCAUCAAGGCAAACAAGGACCUUGGUUUGGCCUUGGAUGAGGGAGAAAUCUCCUACUUGGUGGACGCAUUCAAAAACAUUCUUCACAGGAACCCAACGGAUGUCGAAUUGUUCAUGUUUGCGCAGGUCAACUCCGAGCAUUGCAGACACAAGAUAUUCAACGCCGACUGGAACAUUGAUAACGUUCAGAAGGAUAUGUCUCUGUUUCAGAUGAUCAGAAACACCCACAAGUUGAACCCACAAUACACCAUCUCUGCCUACAGUGACAACGCUGCAGUGUAUGAAGGUUCUCCUGCUUACUUCUACGGACCUAACAUCGAAAAGAAGAACACCUGGAGUUCGACAAAGGAAUUCGUUCAUACUCUCAUCAAGGUCGAAACACAUAACCACCCAACUGCGGUGUCUCCUUUCCCGGGUGCAGCAACUGGUUCUGGUGGUGAAAUCAGAGAUGAAGGUGCAGUUGGUAGAGGUUCGAAGUCCAAAUGUGGUUUGUCUGGUUUCAGUGUCUCGGACUUACAUAUUCCUGACCUGAAGCAACCGUGGGAAUUAGCAAUCGGCAAACCAAACCAUAUCGCGUCCCCUCUAGAUAUUAUGAUUGAAGCACCAUUAGGCUCUGCUGCUUUCAACAAUGAAUUCGGCAGACCUUGUAUUACAGGUUACUUCAGAACUUUGACGACUACCGUCAAGAACUUAGAAGGUAAGGACGAAGUCAGAGGUUUCCACAAGCCAAUCAUGAUUGCAGGUGGUAUGGGUGCAAUUAGACCACAAUUGGCGCUAAAGUCGGAUUUCAAGAUCACUCCAGGAUCGGCUAUCAUUGUGCUAGGUGGCCAAUCAAUGUUGAUUGGUUUGGGUGGUGGUGCUGCUUCUUCUGUUGCAUCUGGUGAAGGUUCUGCUGAUUUGGAUUUUGCCUCAGUUCAAAGAGGUAACCCUGAGAUCCAAAGAAGAGCGCAACAAGUCAUCGAUGCCUGUAACAGUUUGAGCGUCGACUCUCCUAUUCAAUGCAUCCACGAUGUCGGUGCAGGUGGUUUGUCCAAUGCAUUGCCUGAAUUAGUGCAUGACAAUGGUUUGGGUGCAAAGUUCGAAUUGAGAGAUAUUUUGUCCUUAGAGCCAGGAAUGUCACCAAUGGAAUUGUGGUGUAAUGAAUCCCAAGAAAGAUACGUCCUGGGUGUUGCACAGAACAACCUCGAACUCUUUAAACAAAUCUGUGAGAGAGAAAGAUGCCCAUUCGCAGUUGUCGGUACAGCCACCAGUGAACAGAAGUUGAUUUUGACCGACAAAUUGCUUGGCACAACUCCAAUUGAUUUAGAAAUGUCACUAUUGUUUGGUAAACCACCAAAAAUGUCAAGAACAGAUUUCACAAAGAAGCUAGAUCUUGCUCCCGUGGAUUUAGCCGGUGUUGCUUUGACCGAUGCAUUGUCUAGAGUUUUACAGCUACCUUCCGUGGGUUCAAAAUCUUUCCUUAUCACUAUUGCUGAUAGAACCGUUACUGGUUUGAUCGAUAGGGAUCAGUUUGUUGGAGCAUGGCAAGUACCUGUUGCCGACGUUGGUGUUACUUGCACUUCUUUAGGUGAAGAGCUAAUUAAGACGGGUGAAGCUUUGGCUAUGGGUGAAAAGCCAACUAUUGCCAUCAUCGAUGCAGCCUCAUCUGCCAAAAUGUGUAUUGCAGAGUCUUUAUUGAACAUUGCUGCUGCAGAUAUUAAAACUUUAGAUAUGGUUAAAUUAUCUGCUAACUGGAUGUCAUCGGCAUCAACCCCAGGUGAAGGUAGUGCAUUAUAUCAAGCAGUGCAAGCCAUUUCUAUGGACUUAUGUCCUGCCUUAGGGGUUGCAAUUCCAGUCGGUAAAGACUCUAUGUCCAUGAAGAUGACUUGGGAUAAUAACACCGUUAUGGCUCCUCUUUCGUUGAUCAUUACCGCCUUUUGUGGUGUUACUGAUACUUCCAAGACUUGGACUCCUCAAUUGCAAAGCAUCAAAGAUGAAACUGUUUUGGUGAAGGUUGACCUUGCAUCAGGAGUGCCGAAAUCUUUGGGUGGAUCUGCAAUCGCACAAGUUUACAGCCAAGUUGGUGACACUUGUCCAACUGUCCAUGAUUCUAAGGCCCUCAAGGGAUUUUUGACUGCUACAAUUGAAUUACAUAACAAAUUUGAUGUUUUGUCUUACCACGAUAUUUCCGACGGCGGUCUCAUUGUGACCUUGUUGGAGAUGGCAUUUGCCGGUAGAUCUGGGUUGAACAUAGAAUUAAACGGCAAGCAAGAUGCUUUGACCGAGCUUUUCAAUGAAGAACUAGGUGCCGUUUUCCAAAUCAGAAAGUCUGAGUAUGAACAAUUUGUGAAGAUCUUUGAAUCACACGGCGUUGGCCGUAACAACAUCUCAGUUGUUGGUCAACCUGUAUUCGAUUGUGACCAAUUGAUCAACGUUAGUUUCAACGGGGAGACUGUUUUGAAUGAGACAAGAUCCAAAUUACAAGAGCAAUGGAGCUUAACUUCAUACCACUUACAAAGGCUCAGAGAUAAUCCACAGAGUGCUGACCAAGAGUAUGCACUCAUUGCUGACAACAAUGACCCUGGUUUGACAUAUGCGCUAACUUUUGAGCCAAGUAACGACUUGGGCCUAAAGUCUUUGAGCAGUAGACCAAAGGUUGCAAUUCUAAGAGAGCAAGGUGUCAACGGCCAACAAGAAAUGGCAUGGAGUUUCCAACAAGCUGGAUUCGAGAGUGUUGAUGUCCAUAUGACCGACAUCAUCUCAGGCAGAGUUUCUUUAGAUGACUUUGUUGGAUUGGCAGCAUGUGGUGGGUUCUCGUACGGUGAUGUCUUAGGAGCAGGUAACGGUUGGGCCAAAUCCGUUUUGUACAACGAAAGAGCCAGAAACGAGUUUUCCAAAUUCUUCAACGAGAGAAGCGACACAUUUGCCUUUGGUGCAUGUAACGGUUGUCAGUUCUUGUCCAAGAUCAAGUCCUUGAUCAAGGGUACCGAAGACUGGCCAAGUUUCGAGAGAAACAAGUCCGAGCAGUACGAGGCCAGAGUCUGCACAUUGGAAAUUUCCCAAGAUCUGAACGCAAACCCAUGCAUAUUCUUUGACGGCAUGGCUGGUUCUAAGAUACCGAUUGCCGUUGCGCACGGUGAAGGUCGGGCACAAUGGGAAAGCGACGAGCAGAUGAACAAGUUUGUCAAGAACGGCUUGGUUGGUGCUAGAUAUGUCGACAACUACGGUGUUCCAACGGAGAAGUACCCAUUGAACCCUAACGGUUCGCCAAACGGUAUCACUGCUGUCAGAAGUGAGAACGGUAGAGUGCUUGCUAUGAUGCCUCAUCCAGAGAGAGUGUGCAGACUGGAAGCCAAUUCCUACUAUCCUGCUGAGGAGAGCAAGGAAUGGGGUAAAUACGGUCCUUGGAUCAGGUUGUUUAGAAACGCCAGAAAGUGGGUUGCUUCCAACGAAGGAAAAUGA